AUGGGAUUCCUCAAAAUUGGAACUCCAUUAAGUUGGGAGGAAGUGCAAAAAGUAAAAUCGCUAAUCAGGUUAUAUGGCAUACUCCAGUUUGUUCAUACGUACAAAUGUAACAAAGAUCGAGUGGAUGAAAAUAUCAUGUUUGGAGACGAAAUAGAAUACAUCGUUAUUCGAAAUGAUGAAAAUUUUAAAGAAUCUGCUGCUCUCUUAUGUGCAACAGAUUUAAUUGAUGAAAUGAUGAACUUAGAAAGUGUCACCUAUUGUCAGUAUGGAUCACAUUGGACUCCUGAAUAUUCCUCUUUCACCAUUGAGGGCACACCCUCUGUUCCUUUCAAAUUUGAUAUAAAUUCAUCACCCUUUGUUGAAGAUUGCAUGCGCAUAAGGAGAAUCAAACUCAACAAUGUUCUCAGUGCCAUUAUGGGAGAAGUGCGGGCCAUCACUUUGCCUUGCUUCCCAAACGCUCUCCUAGAAAAUAGCCUACUUAUGGCCAAAAGGAUCACCCAAGAAACGGGCAAGAGGAAGGGUGACAGGGGGAAAGGUGCUAUGGGUUCAGGUGGGGACACCUUGGAGACGCCAGCAAUCGAACAUGUGAAGCAAAAACAAGCGGAAAAGGGACAGGGAGAGAUGGUCAGACAGGUCAUCACGGAGGGAGAGUAUAAAAUCACGCUCAACGAUAGCACGCAGACGUAUGCGGACGAGGGGAAGUCUACCCAGUUUGUAAACUCGGAUGUGGUUGCCCAAAGGAAUGACGACUCGUUAAUGCAGGAAAUGUGCGGGGAUGAAGUUGGCGGCGCGGACCAGGCGGACCAAGCGGACCAAGCGGACCAGGCGGACCAGGCGGACCAGGCGGGCCACUCGAAUGAAUCGAAUGAAUCAAAGCAGGCCAACCAGGCGAGCACGCCGAACCAACCCAUCUUCAUCAACGAGGCCAAGGAAAACCUCCUCUUCGAAUGCGACCUGUUCAAACCUGAACAGACAAAGAACUACAGCAACAGCUGCCUCAUCACCGACAUGGUGAUCAGUCCGCACGCCAGGUACGUCACUCUAACUAAGAACAUAAGAAAACGAAGAGGGACCAAAAUCAUUUCAUUUAACGAGAUAUACAAAGAUGAGAACACAGAGAAGCUGCCCAGGUGGGAACACUCGCUGGACAAAACGGACAGGAGACUUUUCAAGAAAAUAAAAAAAAAGUACGUCCUCGAUGAGCACUUGAUUUGGAACAAAUCUAUGACGAAUAAGAAGAGAGUAGAACCCAUCGGUUUGGAUUUUCCUCCAAGUGGAGCAGAAGCGGCAUCGCCAGCAGUGGUAGAAGCGUCAGAGAAUCCCAGCGCAGAGGAUGCUCUCCCCGCGCCAGACAACCUAAUCGAUGAAGUGAUAAAAAAUAGCUUGUUUAGCAACUUGGACGACGAGAAGGACCACAUCUACGUUUACGAUCGGAAGUUUAUCCAGGAGUACUCGGAGAAAUGCAAGAAUCCAAUUAAAAAUUAUGUUUACCUAGAUGCAAUGUUCUUCGGAAUGAGCAUGUGUUGUCAGCAAGUGACUAUGUCCUUUCCAACUAUAGAUGACGCGAAGUAUUUAUAUGACCAGCUAGCUGUUAUCGCCCCCUUGUUCUUAGCCCUAACGGCAUCAACCCCGUAUUUAGGAGGAUUUCUCACAGAGACGGACACUCGAUGGAGAGUCAUAUCAAACAGUGUCGACUGUAGAACAGAAGAAGAACUAGCAUACAUUUCGAAGCCAAGAUAUUCAGGCAUAUCUUUGUACAUUUCUAAUGAGUUGCCACUUAGGAAGAACUACCAUUUCUAUAACGACAUAGAUGUGGUGUUAGAUAAAAAUGUGUAUGAUAAAUUGGUGAAAGAAAAUGUGGAUGAUUUUUUAGCUAGACAUGUUGCUUCUCUCUUCGUUAGGGACCCCAUCGUAGUUUUUGAGGGUUCGUACAGUGAAAGGGAUAUACAGUCAGUUGAGGAGAGGAUGAAGGGCGAGAUGGGUUCCGAAAUGGGAAACCAGAACCCCAUCAACAGCGUGUACCUAAGCGAUGACUUCAACUUUUUGGAGGACUACGAAGAGACGGUGUUGUCCUCCCAUCAGCAUUUUGAGAACUUCCAAAGUACCAAUUGGAACAGCGUGAGGUUUAAGCCACCACCCAUCCUGAGCAACCAUUGCAAUGGAACAAGUUCCAUAGGAUGGAGAGUAGAAUUUCGCACACCAGAUAUUCAGAUCACCGAUUUUGAAAACGCAUCAGUUGUUACGCUCAUCAUGGUAUUGUCCAAAUUUAUCCUAAAGGAGAAGUUGAACUUAUACAUUCCGAUGUCAAUGUUGGAGGAAAAUCUUUUCCGUUCCGGUAACAGAGAUGCCAUUUUCAAGGAGAAAUUUUAUUUCAGGAGAGAUUUAACAUAUGAUACGGAGGAUAAUGAAGUGGAGGAAAAGACUUUAUAUGAUAUUUUUUUUAACAACCACAAUGGUAUUUUUUUCCUUUGCUCCAAGUAUAUUGAGGAGCAGUUCCGAGAGGGGUUACUCUCCCAUGCAGCUAAGAACAAAAUAGACGAGUACAUUGAAUUUGUGAAGCUGAGAUGUGCUGGAAAAAUCUGCACAGGUGCUGCGUAUUUGAGAAACUUUAUUGUGAAUCACCCAGCGUAUGAAAAGGAUUCCUACAUCAAUAGCAGAAUUAAUUAUGAUAUUUGCAAGCUGAUAGCAGAUAUAGGGAAGGGGCUUAUCAUACCUCAGGAACUGCUGGGCGUGUUUGUGGACCCUUACAAGGAAAGAAUUAAAAGUGAUUUGAGGCAAAUUAACGAAAGCCAGUAUGUGAAGAGUUUGGCCUAUAAGUUCAUCUCCGGGGAAGACUACACGCAGUACCUGUUGUUGAGCGAGGCUAUUAAGGAUGAUCAGGAUUACUACACCGGUACGAGGCGAACCAACUACGAGGAGUCGUCCAUGGAUAAUAACACGCUGGAGUUUGGGAAGAAGCUCUACCAGCUGAGUGCCUAG